AUGAUGACACAAAACCAUGUACCUGCGCUGGUACCGCGGGUAGGAGAGAUCAUCAGCAUCACGUUGCAAAUCAGCACAUUUGGUGUACUUUCCGUUUGUACAAUGCGACGAACACAAUUUAUCCAGAAGUGGGCUGCAUUGCCUCUGGCUAUGUGGUUAAUCCUCAUCAUCUACUGUGACUCGGCACUAUUCGUCUUUGCGACGGCGAUUGUGGUUCAUGGCUUCGGCAUCAAUUCCUCACCGCAAGUGUGCGAGGGAGGAAUCUUAUUAUGUCUGAUAUGCUACAUGACCACAAAGAUUCUGAUAUACUAUUUCCUCGUCGAGAAAGCUACGAAGCUAUGGCUCUUCAACUGCCUGUUCAUGCUUCUACCGUACACCAUCUUUGUUAUCAUGAAUUUCAUCUUCCGAAUCACCUAUAUCAAUGACUCGGGCAUAUGCAUCAUUGGUAUGCAAAAGAUCGCCAUGCUGCCCUUGAUCAUUUUCGAGGUCAUUGUAAACGUCUACCUGACCGCCCUCUUUGUCAUUCCCAUUCGCGAUCUUUAUUCUUACAAGCGCAAUGCAAACCCCACGCUCCACCGCAUAGCCAAGCGCUCGCUCGUUGGCUCCCUCGCUACUCUUACCACAUCCGUCAUCAACCUGACCAUUCUCAUGGUACUGAAAGGCGAACCAGGCUGGAUUUGCCUCAUGUGCUGCAAUGCCGACAUCUUGUUCUGCGUACUGGUGCUACACUGGGUCACAUCGAAAGAUAAGCAAACUGUGUCUACAAGCCCGCAGAGCGAUGCUGGUUUCAAUACAACCGGCUCAAGAAGCGUCACAAGAUCAGAUCAAAGACGAAGCCGCAAGAUGAUCUACGACGAUGGAACAGACGAAAAGGAAACCGAGAUCAUCACCAUCAAGGGACUAUCCGACGACGAUACACAAAACAAAAACAGCGCCAACAACUCCCGCAACAACAGCGGUAGCAACUCCCGUAGGCCUAGUCUCAACGUCUUCCCUACCGCCAUGUCCAACAACCCACAUCACCGCCCUCAAACCUCGCCCCGCUUAGUCAUUUCUGGCGUCACAACGGAAUGUAAAUCUUCAUCUUCGCCGAGCAGAUUUCGCGCUCCAAGCCGCGGUCUGUACCGCACGCCUACACGAGAAGAGUUUGGAGAUGAGGUUGAGUUGAACAACAUCAGGGUUCAGACUAUUCACACGAGAGAAGUGGAAAUUGACGAUGAUGGGCGGGGGAGAACGGAGAGUGUAAGGAGUGAGGGGGAGGAGUGGGUUGGGCAUGAGCGGAGGGUUGUUGGGGAGGGUGUAGUUUGA